AUGUAAACAAUUAUGUAUUUAAGCAUGAUGAAUCUUCUUCCUUCAUCUGCAAUAGCUCCUUCAGCAAUGGCCUCUGCCAUUUUCCUCUUCAUCUUGUUCUUCUUCUUUGCUAGUAGUACUUUUGUCUCUGCAACAGGAGAUAAUUAUUGUGCUCCAUCAUCAUGUGGGAACCUCACAAACAUUAGACAUCCUUUCCGUCUCAAAGACGAUCCUCCCAAUUGUGGAGAUUCAAACUAUGAGCUCACCUGCGAUGGUCUCAACCGCACCAUCCUCACUGUAAGCUCUAAUCACAGCUACUACGUCACCAAUAUCACAUACCGUGAUUACUCCUUCGAUUAUCUUUCUGUUUACUUUGAGAUACAAGUGAUGUAUGUUGGGAUGGAAAGGUACAACAUUAAUAAUAAUAGCAGUUGCAGCCAUCUAAUUCCCCUUCCGGCCUCUCCUCUGACACCCUCUAAUUACCAGUGGAAUACCCCUUAUUACCUGAGGAGGAGUACCAGUCACUACGCGAUAAACCCAUUGGAAUAUUGGGUUACUAUGGUGAAUUGCUCAAAAGAAGUGAAGAACAAGUCCAUGCAUCAUUACUAUGAUGUCUACGAUCACAAGCACUAUUACUACUACAGGCCUGUGGCUUGCUUGAGCCACGACAACAACUCCUUCAUCUACCUCUUCCCAUCAAAGAGUGUCCGUGACCUUAUGCCUUCCUGCAGGUUUCUUGCAAUGUACCCUGCCAAAUAUCCGGCAUUUCAUGACCAACAACCAAUUGACAUAUUCAAGUUUCUAGCCCAGGGGCUCACCCUCUCCGGUGCUGUUGAGCCCACCAAGGCAUUCAGGAUAAACAAAAUCCCAUAUUGCUUGACAAAGUCGAUAAGGGAGACUUAUCAGGAAGCCACCGGCAAAUCAAAUUCAAUUGCAGUUCGGAUUGCCCUAAUUUUAUGGGGAAUAGAGUUUAAAUUUCUUGAUUGCAUGGGAAUCAGCAACGAUGACAUGAGUAUGAAGCGUUACCAUCUUGUGCCGUCAACUAGGAUCAUGUUGGGGAUAUUAUUAUCAAUUGCUAGAGCAGGGAUAGUGUUUGCAGUGUUGGGAAGAUGUAUAUUUGCACCAUUGAUUAUAUUUACUUUUCUUUCUCACAAAUUAUACCAAAUGAUGUCAUCUAUCGAUAUUGUGGAGAAAUUCUUGAGGAACCAACAAACUCUUAUACCAACUAGGUAUUCAUACACCGACAUCAUUGCCAUGACUAGCCACUUCAAGGAGAAACUAGGUCAGGGAGGAUUUGGCUCUGUUUUCAAAGGUCGACUUCCUUUUGACAAGCUUGUUGCUAUCAAGAUGUUAACAAAUUCCAAGCACAAUACUGGUGAAGAUUUCAUUAAUGAAGUUUCAACUAUUGGCAUGGUUCACCAUAUAAAUGUGGUAAAACUAAUUGGCUUUUGUUCAGAUGGCACGCAGAGAGCUCUAAUAUAUGAGUACAUGGCUAAUGGUUCUCUUGAUAAGUUUAUUUUCUCAUCCAAUAAUGGCCCCAACCACAAAUUCUCUCUAGACAAACUGAUAGAUAUUGCAUUAGGAGUUGCUCGAGGACUUGAUUAUCUACACAAAGGAUGUGAUAUGCAAAUUUUGCAUUUUGACAUCAAACCGCAUAACAUUCUCUUAGACCAUAACUUCAAUCCAAAAGUUUCUGAUUUUGGCCUUGCAAAACUAUAUCCAAAGAACAAUAGCUUGGUAUCACUUGGUGUUGCAAGAGGAACUAUAGGAUAUAUUGCUCCAGAGCUGAUAUCAAGAAGUUUUGGUGUUAUCUCUCACAAGUGUGAUGUUUAUAGUUUUGGUAUGCUACUCUUAGAAAUGACUGGUGGGAGAAGAAAUUCAAAUCCAAGAGCAGAUAAUACAAGCCAAGUUUAUUAUCCUUCAUGGAUUUAUGAUAAACUUGUUAAUGCUACAGUUGAUCAUGACAUAGUAAAAAUGGAUACAAGUUUUGUGAUCGAUGAAAGAGAAAAGAAGUUAUGCAUAAUAGGUCUGUGGUGUAUACAGAUAAGACCAUCAGAUCGACCCUCCAUGAAUAAAGUGAUAGAGAUGUUAGAAGGAGAUAUUGGUAGCUUACAAAUGCCACCCAAGCCAUUUUUUUCAGAACCAACUCAAAUACUUUCAAUGGUGUCAUACUUGAGCACUGAUGAUGGCGAAUUAACGACCAUCUCUGAAGAUGCUAAUGAGAUUAAUUAAUGAAAAUUUUCUUUUUGUAUUAUAUGGUUAUUAGUGUUUGUGAUCUUAUAAAAAAUGUCAUAAUAUGUA